GGCCCAUACCAAGUCUGUACAGUCAGAAAUCCAAAGAGAGAGAGGGAGGGAGGGCCAGAGGGGGGGCGAAGACGAUGAGCAGCAGACGGAGCAUCGGAGACGACGAAAGAGGAUUGCUGUGGAAGCUUCCUCAGGUGAGGAUCAGAGACAUCGGGAAAGUGGGUCCGGCAUUCGGACUUGGCGCCGGCUGUGGAGCAGGUUUUGGCAUCGGACUCAUCGGAGGUUUCGGAUUCGGACCAGGAGUUCCGGGGUUUCAGUUAGGGUUUGGGUUUGGAGCUGGAUGUGGAAUCGGGGUUGGGUUUGGUUAUGGCGUUGGGAGGGGCGUUGCUUACGACCACUCUCGCUCUUAUUCUAACGUCGGAAAACCCUCUAUGGAUGAAAUCGAUUCUCUCAUUGAUGAACUCGUUAUCAACACGAAGAAGCUGGUGAAAGCCACUUCCAAAGAAAUCGACAAGUGGAGAAGAUGCAUCAGGGGAGGGGUAAAGCUUGGCCACCACAUAAAAGGGGGAACAGAAGAUAGGAUAUAUCCGUUACCGUUAUCCGACAAAGCCCCAUCUCUGUGCCAAAUCAGUAACAUAAACCAAUCAGAAAUCGGCAUCAGAUUUCACAUUUUCCAAACCCGACCAAUCAGAACCCAUGAAGCAGCAUCCUACAUGGCAUGUCAGCUUCCGCUUCUCUCAACCUUAUAGUGGUCCGUCUUCCUUCUUCUCCAUAUUCUCGAACUCGAAUCUCUUCUCCAAAAACCACCAAAAGGUUGAAUCUUUAGGUUAAAGAUGGCG